AUGCCCGCCGACGGAGUCUACAUCACGCCCGAGGGCAAGAAAGUCGUCAUCCCCCUCGAAAACAACCCGGACGUCUUCACCUCCCUCGUCCACGACCUCGGCGUCUCCCCGGACCUGGGCUUCUUCGACGUCUACAGCCUCGACGAGCCCGCCCUCCUCUCCCUCGUGCCCCGCCCCGCCCUCGCCCUCAUCUUCAUCUCCCCGGCGCCCAUGUACUACCAGGUCCGCGCCGAGGACGGGACCCGCUCCGCCAAGGACGGCGUGACCUACGCCGGCGCCGGCCCCGACGAGCCCGUCAUCUGGUUCCGCCAGACCAUCGGCAACGCGUGCGGGCUGUACGCCCUCAUCCACGCCGUCGGCAACGGGGAGGCCAGGGAGUACGUGCGGGAGGGCUCGCUGGUCGAUCGGUUGCUGAAGGAGGCGGAGCCGUUGAGGUGGGAGGAGAGGGCGGACGUGCUGUACAAGAGCGAGGAGUUGGAGGAGGCGCAUAUGAGGGCUGCGAGGAGGGGCGAUACGGCGGCGCCGCCCGCCGAGGAGAAGCCUGGGUAUCACUUCAUCGCGUUCGUCAAGGGCAAGGACGGGCAUUUGUGGGAGUUGGAGGGCGGGUCGGAUGGUCCUGUCGAUCGGGGGUUGUUGGAGGAGGGGGAUGACAUGUUGAGUGAGCGGGCGUUGGAGAGGGGUGUGAAGCGGUUUCUGGGGUUUGCGGAUGGGAAUUUGGAGUUUAGCAUUGUUGCGCUGGCGAAGAAGGAGUGA